CUGCUCCACCGAUAAGGAAAUGUCAAGUAAAAAUAAAUAUUGAUAAAAACAAACACAAACAAAACUUACAUGUAAAUGUCAGCUGUGCGUGUGAAAACUUUGCUACAACCAAUUCACUUUUAGCCCUAUUUUCUAUAAGUAAAUAAAAGCGAAAAUAUUGCUUUCCAAAUUUGUGCCAAAUAUAUCGCGUUUCUUUGGACGUAAAAUGCAAGAAUAUCGCUCUACGCUUGUUAAAUUAUAAAAAAAAAAAAAACGUAAGAACGCGUAAGUGUGCUGAAAGAAAAAAAUGAUGUCGGAGAAGGUGUCUGAAGAUAUUGGCAAUUGCGUACGUCAAAACAUACCGUGGGCAACCGUGCCGAUACACCUAAAGCAGGUGCUGCACAAUAAUCAACUCGACUAUGAAAAAUACGUUUUUAAUUACAGCCUGAAGAACCAGUUACGUUUUCGUGGUAACCUUGCAUCCAAGGUUUUCCGCAACGAACAACGAUACUAUGAAUUACUUGUGCAGAAGAGUAUCAGCGGCUUGUUGCUAUUUCCAUAUCAUUUGGCUGACAUUAUUACGAAAGGACUUCGGGUAACGCCAUUUAACUAUUAUCUUGAUUUAUUAAGUCAAUUGCUCCGCAAUGAUAAGUCAUAUGACACAUUACCAAAUUUCACCGCCGCAGAUUGCUUGCGAGUUUUGGGCAUAGGGCGUAAUGAAUACUUAUCACUGAUAAGCAAUCUGAAGACACAUACAACGCGUGCAUUACUCUUUAGCGCCAAGCCGAAUCCACUAGAUUUCUUGCCACGUUUUCCUGUACGUGUACGUAUAGAGCCGUGGUGGCGUAUCGAAGUUGGUUACGUGUUGGAAGCAGAUAUAAGGUUUGUAACAACCGCAGAACGCAGUCUUAUCGAUGAUCUUAUUGAUUUCGGAUCUCAAACCGCUGGAAAAUGCGAUUAUGGUGUCGUGCAUAGUUUGUAUCGUAAAGGAUUGGUAUAUUUAGAUAUACCCAUAUCAGGUGAAGAUCGUAUUAGCAUACCACCUCUGCGUAAUUUUGUAAUGAAUCGCACAAGUGGUGAUCAUUUCGAAAAUCUACUUUAUAAAAUAUUUGUUAGUGCAGAUGAGCAUAUGACCAUCUCAGAGUUGGCACAAAUGUUGCAAGUCGAUUUGGAUGCAGUUAAGCAAGCGGUAUCACUUCUCUGUCGUUUAGGCUUCUCAAGACGCAAAGACGUCGUCGGCGACAGUCCCAGCAAUGAUAUAAAGUAUCAUGCAAGUUGGGAGCAAUACCAGUUGGAACAAUCGACGACGCGUGAACCACCUCAGAUAACACCGCUCAAUUAUAAUAACUUUAUCACAUCCGAGGCAACAGCUGAACAAACGGAAGCAUCACAAUAUAGCCCUGUUUUAAUAAAAUCGCAGGACAAAGACAGCAGUUCUAUUGGCUAUCUCUCAUCUGAUGGUAAUACGAGCGACUUCAGUUUUGCUAAUAUGCCAUCACCCUCGCCGCAAGCAAUGCAAGGUAGUGGUGAAAAUAAUAAUUCGGAGGAGCAUGAAAUCAGUUCUGAAUUGGACGACUUAAGUGAGAGUACUACAAAGUUAAGUGUCAAAGAGUUGCCCUCUACGCCAAAGAGUGGUGGCAAAGUACACACUGUGGCAGAGAAGACUGGAAGACGUGUUGGUUUCCUCUUCGAUUCCACACUAACUGCGUUUUUGAUGAUGGGCAACUUGUCACCUGGUUUGAAAAAUCAUGCUGUCACAAUGUUCGAGGUGGGCAAACUGUGUGAGGAAAGCAUGGAUUCAUUUUUGGCUGAGUUGGAAAAAGUUUCACUACUCGAUGCCGAAGGUGAAGGUGAUGUUUCGAGGUAUUUCGCACACGCAGUUAUUUUGAGGUCGACGAUUUGCUCUUUGCGUAAUUUAUUGCCCGGUGGUUUGGAUUUACUACGCCUGGAGUGUUUGGAAUGUUUGGAUCAGAAAACACGGGAUCGUGUCCUCGAAAAGAAAUAUAAAUUCAUAAUAUCUGCCACACCGCUCACGGCUACACUUUCACAUAUCUUUAGCAUUCCAUUUUUCGGACAAUACUACCGAAGCUCAGAUAGUUCUCAUAUGUGGACGAAACUAUUCUACAAUCAUAUAACAGGCUAUGGCCCACCAAGUCUCUUCCUUUGUCGCGGCACUGUACUUAAAACCCUACCACGCAUCUUUCUCGGAUAUGGAAAGUUGCUUGUUAAUAUACUGCAUUCCGAUUCGUACAUCUUGAAUUCUGAAAAUUUCCGUAAUCUCAACGAUCAGUUGAAAAAUGGUUGCAUACUUGUGCAAGGUUACGGUAUUCGGCAACCAGGUCAAUUGCGUUACGAAGCAUUCCCGUUCAAUCGAAACGAUCCACAUCAAUUAGAAUGGGCUAACCACAAAGCGGUACAGCAAUUGUCCAACUAUUUGGAUCUCGAACAUAAUUGUGGUUACAUAACAUUCCUUAAUACGGGUGUGCCAGAUAUUGGAUGUGAAUCGUUUGAUUUACAAGUACAUCUUAAACCCCCAAAGAAUAAAGUAACAAAACCAGUGAAUUCACCAAAUAGUGGCGUAUUAACAGCGAACCUCGCGCAAGAAACCGUGCCAAAUGCGAUUGCCAAUGCAACUGCACCCAUAACAGUAUCAGCUACUAAUCAACCGCAAGACCUGCUAUCGCCAGCAGAUGGUUCGGAAGUGACAAGUUUUGCGCGUUUGGGCAUCUCACCACUCAGUGGUAGCGCUUUAAAAACACCUGAUGAGAACUACUUUGCGGUUAGUCCACAAAAUGGUUCACCGAAGAAUAUAUAUACUUCAGAAGAUUGCAAUGAAGUGCUUGCAACAGAAUUGGCCAAAUGUGAUGCUGAUUUGGCGGCAAAAGCGAAUGCCAAACAUGAACUGGUGUCUCAAGGUUCAGUCGAAAUACCAAUAAAUGUGGCAGCGCUCAACAGCGACACAAAUUCGAUUUUGGAGAGCCCCGAUACAUCAAGUGAGGAUACCACCACUGAGGACUGGACCAUUUUGGAUGUAAAUUUUGGCGUGCCACUCUUUGAUGUCGAUUGCAAUACACGCAUAUGUGAGCAAAUUAUACGCAAACUUCAUGGCGAUGAGAAUCUGCAGACUUUGCCAAAGCGUGCAACUCAAAUGAAUGAGAACUUUUUGAAAUUCGUCAAGCAAUGCAUGUACUUCGAAGAUGAACCGAACCUCAAUCAAUUUAAGAUUGGUAAAGUCUUGCCAUAUCCACGCAUAAAUUUAGCAUUCGAAAAUGGACGUGUUUGCUACUGGAGCGGCAGAUAAACGCUUAUUGAUGGCGUAAUGUGUAGAAAAUAGGCUGGGCUUAUGCAAAAAGAAACU